CCUCAAUACUCUCAUGCACGAUGCAUGUGCUCUUGUUCUUAUUUUGUAUCAACUUGUAUGCAUAUUAGGACUGUCUAUAAUGUAUGAUUCAAUGCUCCAAUGCUGCUUAAUAUGUAUAUUGUAUUUUGGGUUAAGCACCGUGAGGGUAUUUGGCUUCUCGAUGGAGCCUAAGUAUCUUCACAAGCUUCGGUUCUUUAGGCCCAUUAUGAGAUUAAUGCUCGGUCUGAGGGUUAAUAUGUAUAUUUAAUGCCCUUUUUUUUAGUGUGGAAAAGUUAUUAAUCUCUCAAUGGUUCUGCUUGUUAUGCUUUUUUGUGUUUUUCCCCCCAUUACAUUGUGGGUGUCAUGGUUGGUCUCUUAUACGGUGCCAUGCUAAGUUCCCGUUUCACAUUUCAAGGAACCUUCUAAUUUCUUAUUUUUCAAGUAAUGGAGGGUUUGAGUGGAUGAAGUGAUGUAAGAAAUAAAUUAUUCGAGUUUAGUGCUUUUCCCUGGCUCUGAAUGUGGUAAUUAAUGGAAUUUGUCUGGAGCAAUGGAACAACAAUCAGUUCUAACCCUUUUUUUUUUCAGGUGGUUUAGUAUAGUAGGAACUGUAAUGGCUAACGGAAGCUCUGAUGAGGAUACUGAUAUUAGUGAAUCUGAAAUUAGUGAGUAUGAAGACAAGUCCUAUGAAGAACUGAACAAUGGAAGUCAGAAUGUGAAAACCUCGGAUGAGACUUUUACUUGUCCAUACUGCCCUAAAAAGAGAAAACGGGAUUAUUUGUACAAUGAGCUCCUUCAACAUGCUUCUGGGGUGGGUCAGAAUAGUUCACAGAUGACAAAAGCUAGAGACAAGGCAAAUCAUUUGGCUCUAGUGAAGUAUUUGGAAAAAGAUCUAAUGACUGUAGAUGUUCCAUCAAAAGAUUCAAAGCCGGUGGAUGAAAAUGAGCCUUCUGUUAAUUCUGAUGAGCAGUUUGUGUGGCCUUGGAUUGGAAUUGUAGUUAAUAUUCCAACUAGGUGGAUAGAUGGACACUAUGUUGGUGAGUCCGGUACCAAGCUGAGGGAUGAGUACAGAAGCAGGGGUUUCAAUCCAGUUCGAGUCACUCCUCUGUGGAAUUUCCGGGGUCACUCUGGAAUUGCUCUUGUGGAAUUCAAGAAAGACUGGCCAGGCUUAGACAAUGCAUUGGCAUUUGAAAGAACAUAUGAAUUAGAUCAUCAUGGGAAAAAGGACUGGUUUGCUAAUUCUGAGCAGAAGUCUGGCCUUUAUGCAUGGGUUGCCCGAGCAGAUGACUACAAAGUGAACAAUAUCUAUGGAGAACAACUGCAAAAGAUGGGCGAUCUCAAAACCAUACCUGAGCGUAUGGAAGAAGAAGCUAGAAAGCAGGAUAUACUUGUCUCCAAUUUGACUAACAUUAUCCAAGUCAAGAACCAGCACUUAAAAGAGAUUGAAGUGAGAUGCCAUGAGACUACGAACAAAAUGAACCUUGCUAUGAAUGAAAAAGAUAAACUCAUUCGAACUUAUAAUGCAGAGAUAAAGAAAAUGCAGUCAAGUGCCAGUGAUCACCUCAAAAGAAUUUUUACUGAUCAUGAAAAGCUUAAAUUUCAACUGGAAUCUCAGAAAAACGAGCUUGAGCUGCGGAAAAUUGAUUUGGAAAAGCGUGAGGCACAUAAUGAAAGUGAAAGGAAAAAGUUGGCAGAAGAAAUUGAGGAGAAUGCAACAAAAAAUAGCUCUCUUCAGAUGGCUGCUCUGGAGCAAAAGAAAGCUGAUGAAAAUGUUAUGAAACUGGCUGAAGAUCAACAGAGGCAAAAAGAACUACUCCAUGCUAAAAUCAUUCAGCUUCAAAAACAACUUGAUAUGAAACAAGAGCUGGAGUUGGAGAUUCAACAAUUAAAAGGAUCAUUAAGUGUGUUGAAGCACAUGGAAGAUGAUGAAGAUGCAGAAGUUCUGAAGAAGGUAGAUACUUUACAAAAGGAUUUAAGAGACAAGGAACAGUCACUUGAAGAGUUAGAUGCAUUGAACCAAGCACUAAUCGUUAAAGAGCGUGAGAGUAAUGAUGAGCUGCAGGAAGCUCGAAAAGCAUUGGUUGAUGGUAUGAAAGAGCUAUCAUCUCAUAGCAAUAUUCGUUUGAAGAGAAUGGGAGAAAUUGACACUAUACCAUUCCUUGACGCAAUGAAGAAAAGAUAUAAUGAAGAGGAAGCUGAAGAGAGAGCUUCAGAACUGUGCUCAUUGUGGGAAGAGUAUCUAAAGAACCCAGAUUGGCAUCCAUUCAAAGUUAUCAUGGUUGAAGGGAAAGAAAAGGAAAUUGUUAGAGAUGAUGAUGAAAAGCUGAAUGAGUUGAAAAAUGACUUGGGUGAAGGGGCAUAUAAAGCAGUGGUACAAGCUUUGUCAGAGAUAAAUGAACAUAAUCCUAGUGGGCGAUACUUAACCUCAGUAGUAUGGAACUAUAAAGAGGGAAGGAGAGCAUCUCUGAAAGAAGGAGUACAAUUUCUGUUGAAUCAUUGGAAAGGGGAAUGGUGUGAAGGUUUGUAGAUAACUAUAUUAGGUUACUGAAUUUUGUCUUUUGAACUGUGUAGCUAUAACUAGAUCUUAGAGAGAAAAAGAUCUUAAAAGCUAUUGGUAUGCAGCUUAGUUCUUAUAACUAACAACCACCUAGAAGUUAGCCUCCAUAUCCUAGUAUGGGAGAUGACAUUGAAGUUAAACUUUAUGACUAUAUCAACUGGCUUUUAAUUUUAGCAUGUUUCUUUGAGUAAUUGGCAUUUUGAUAUAAGAUAUAGGUUUAAAUAUGUUUUUGGCUCCGGUAAUAUAUUGUCCUUUUGGUUUUAGUCUGUAUAAUUUUUUUUC